AAACUGCAUCAGAUAAAUAAUUAUAUAUUCUCGUGUCUUGUCUAUGAUUUAUAGGUAUAGUGUGCGAGAGUGCGAGUACGAGUAAAACACUUUAGAGUAUAUUGAACUUAUUCGGGGCCAAAAUAAAAAUAAUAAUAAUAAUAAUGUUGGCCUUGCGGGGUUUUGUCGAUUAAUAUUGAAAGGAAGGAAGUCACAUGGUAUAGAUACAUAAAUAUUUGUUUUUUGGAUUAACGAGUGAUUCAUCAAUCUAUGAUCAUCAUCAUUUAUAAUGAGUUAUAUAAAUGGCGUAAAAAUGAUGGAGGCUGGUUGUAUGAUUGGCGCUCCACCUAAUUCGCCAGCAGCAACCACACCAACAACUGUGUUAGACCGUUUGUGUGAUUUUUGGAAUGAACGAAUAAUGGAGCGUUUCAUCAAGGCAAACUUGUUCCUGAUAUGUUGUAUUGCAGCUGCACUCCUUUUGAUUGGUUAUUUAGCUGCAUUUUCUUGUGAAGUCUCAUGGAUAUUAGAGGCUAGAGGAGAGUUACCAAAUUCAGCAUAUGUGCUGUGUACACAAUAUUUUAUUGUAUUUGUGGCCACAACAAUUUUAAUUCAUGGCUUAGUAACGGGACUAUCGUGGGGAUUAUUUGCGUGGUCAGUGAUAAUUGGAAUUCUAUCAAUACCGGAGUUAUUUUUUGUGAUGGUUAUGACAACACAACAUUGGGGUCUACAAUCUGUACAUGGUCUCACAGAACUUAUUUCCUACCUCAUACGUCUUGUGAUUAAUUGCUUCGCCCUUAUUUGUGUCAUUCCUACUGGACUCAAAUGGCGAAGAGAAUCACAGGUGCUAUCACAAUUACAAAACCUAGCAACUCGCCUCCAAUUGCAAACACCACCACCAAGUGUUCCAAUUGCAAAAGGUGAUUCUCGUAGAGCGAGUAAACGGUCUCAAAAUAACCUGAAUAUCACUUCAUUUGAUAAUGCUGGUUAUGUUAUUAAUGAAGCAGCAAAACAACAUCAUGGAUCACAGCAAUUCUUUCAAAAUAAUUCAGCUUUUGGGUCUCAAAAUGAAUUUAAUGCUAGUGUCUUUGCACCAGCUUCACAACAAUAUUCAGGACCUGCAAGAGGAAACCGUGCACAAUCCCUCAUGGACCUCCGUUGCACCCUUCCUGGCCUAUACAAUCCUCGAUACGUAAUCGAAAACGAAGAUCACAACUCGAAAUAUUUCAACAUAACCGUUGAUGAUUUGAAAAACAGUUUAAACGACUCAAAGAAACAACCAAUUGGUACAGAAGAACAAAAUUCAAUAAUUGGUUCAGUGGCGGCAGAUCCAAUUUAUUGCACAAUCGAUGCAGCGAAACCUCAAAAACUCUCCAGAAAUUGUGUCUCUUUGGAGAAUCUCGAUGGCAUUGCCAAAGUACAACGUGAUUAUGGUAAUAAUUUACUACAAAACUACGAACAACAAUAUUAUCUGGCAAUGAUGGGACAUCCAAUCAAUUAUAAUCCACACCAGCAUCAACUACUUUUGGAACAUUUACAUAGACAUCAUCAUAAUCCAAGACGAUCAAGUAAACAUUUACAUCAGAGUUCGUCAGGACAGCGACAUAAUAUGAUGAUGAAUGGAAUGGUUGGGUGUGGUGGAAUUGGUUAUGGAGGAUAUACGAAUCCUUUUGCUUAUAAUGCACCAGGUAAUAGUAAGUUAUCACUUGGUAAUGAAUCAGAUGAUUAUCGAAAAUAUCGUGAUGUAGCAUUGUAGGUAUAUAUUAUGAUUGAGAGAGACAUCUCUUACCAAAGAAAUUCAACAAAUCUUAGUUCUUCCAAAAAAGUGGUUGAUUUUAUUUUUGUUUUUUUGAGCAACCUCAUAAUAAUUAAGAAUGAUAUUGAAGACAUUGAGAUACAACUCCUAAAUAUUUACCUUAAUCCAAGAAAAAAUGGUGACUAACUUUGCAAAAUAAUUUUACAUAAAAAUACUCUCAAACAAACAAAACUAAUAGAGUUUAAGCGAGAUACCAAAUUGUGUCAACUUCUGUAAUAAAAAUAAAGACAACGAAAAAUAUUAUUAUUAUUA